UGCGUAAUCUCUGCGCAGUUGUGAUCCGAUGUAAAGUCAGAGCGAAAGCUCCGCCUAUUCUAAGCGACUAGAGUGCGUCCCAGAAUGCUGAGCGCGAGACAUGGACCAAAAUGUAGACAAUGACCUUCAGGGAACUGAUGGUUCAGGGGCUCUUGGAGGGCCUGAUGUUCGUCGCCGGAUUCCCAUCAAGUUACUGUCCAAGCAGAAUGUCAGAAGUAAGCCUCCUGUUCGGCCCCAGCGGCCCAACACCACACUGCCCUCCAAUGGACAAAGUGUAGAAGAAAGAUUUACCAUUAAGAAGGAGGAGAGGUGUGAGUGCAAAGCUGGAGAUGCUUUUGGAAAACAGCGGAGAUUCCCCCACCCAUUAUUCUGGGACUUUAAGCUCAAUCUGGUUGGAGAGAAAGAUGACACUCCAGUGCACUUCUGUGACAAAUGUUGUUUGCCCAUAAAGAUAUAUGGACGAAUGAUUCCCUGUAAACACGUGUUCUGCUAUGACUGUGCAGUUCUCUAUGAGAAGAAAAGUGAUAAGAGCUGUCCAGGUUUGUCCAUGUAUAGCUGCACUGAUCCAGUCCAGCGAAUCGAGCAGUGCCAACGCGGAUCUCUCUACAUGUGCAGCAUCGUGCAUGGCUGUAAGCGCACCUACCUCUCACAGCGGGACCUGCAGGCUCACAUCAACCACCGUCACAUGAGAGCAGGCAAACCUGGACCCUCUCGGUCGGAGACUGCUCAUCCAACCCCGGCUCCGACUCUGGUCUCAGACCCACCAGACCGUUUCCGCCUGCCCCCACUCCCUCAUCUGCCCAAAUCCCACCCCCUGAUUCCACCGCCUCUGCAGGGUCACGACCCCUAUGGCCAGCCGCUCCCUGCAUCUCCCGCUGACCUAGGGUCCUCGUCUCGAUCACUGCCACCAGAGACGUUCCGCAUAGCCACUGUGACCACACGCAAACACAGCAACCUCAUCACCGUGCACAUCCAGGAUGACUCCGGCAGCUCCAUUCCCUCUCCACGUGAACCCCAUCCACAGACUCCACCAGGUCUGCCCCCUCAUCACCACCCAGGUCAGGUAGUGGUGUCACACUCUCACCACAUCAUGCCUCCACCUCAGCAGCAACAUUACGGGCCUCCACCUCCACCCCCACCCCCACUCAAUCACCCCAUGCAGGCCACUGGGGCUCCUCACUUGGUUUAUAACCAGGCACCUCCAAUGUCCUCUGCACCACCUCCAAUCACCCCUCCACCUGGACAUAUCAUAAAUCAGAUGCCCCCAUUCCUGAACCACCCACUGUCUGCUGCUCUCUCUCAGCAUGGUGCGCCACCUGUUAGUGCUCUACCACCACAUCACUUUAACUCACUGUCCCAGGAACAGGGUACCCUGAGCCCGCCCUUCAGCCAACCCGGAGCUCUCAGCCCAGGCUUGUGGCCACCACGUGUUCCUUCUCGCAUGCAGGGGCCUCCUCAGGGUCAGAUGCCUGGACCGCACCACCCAGAACAGGCCCGAUAUAGGCCAUACUAUCAAUAGCACCUGGGCAGGAUCUUUUAUAUCAGACGUUUUGAUCAUUAACAUGCUUGUUAAUAAUUUAAGUCAUUUCAAGUUAACUGGUUGAACUGUGCAUACACUUUGUGAUAACAUGAUUCCUUUGAUGUUUUGUAUUCUUAUUCUUGAUUUAAUUGUUUAACAAUUCGGGAAUCAAGUCCGUGUUCUUGUAUGUCUAAUGACUGAAAAAAAUAUAAACAAUGAAGCACUACAGUCAGAAGCCAUUUGACAACUUUCUUUGAACACUUUUCAUAACACUUAAAAUACUAAUGUUCCCAUUGACUGCAAUAAAUAACAAAUUGGAAUGAAA